AUGGCUCCUGCUGCCUCAGCUGCCCCAGCACAAAAGCAGUCCGCUUCGGGUAAGGAAAAGAGCUUCAAAGACAAGGACAAGCCAGAAAGCGUUCGUAACAGGUGACUUUCUUUUUCGUAUCUUUUUAAAUUUCAAUAUUUCAGUAAUAUUGUCGCAGCUAAAGCGGUUGCGGAUGCUGUGAGAACAUCUUUGGGCCCAAGAGGCAUGGAUAAAAUGAUUCAAUCAGGAAAUGGAGAUGUCACCAUUACAAAUGAUGGGGCUACAAUCCUCAACCAAAUGAGCGUGAUCCAUCCUACAGCUAAAAUGGUUUGUAAUUGAAGAUUACUGAACUAAUGUUCUCACUAAUCUUAAAAAAAGAAGCUUUUUUAAGCUCGUGGAACUCUCGAAAGCUCAAGAUAUCGAAGCUGGCGAUGGUACUACAACUGUUGUGGUUAUGGCUGGUGCGCUUCUGGAUGCCGCUCAGAAUCUCUUGCAAAAAGGUACGGUUUUUUUUUUGCUAAUAUUAAAAAAAAAUUUGGUUUUAUUAGAAAACAAUACUUUUCAAGCAGAUAUCAUUUAUGAUUUUUCUGUCGUUUUUGCACGUUCCUAUCAAUUUCUUCAGGAAUUCAUCCUACGACCAUCUCGGAAUCUUUCCAAGGUGCGGCCGCGCAAGCUGAGCAGAUUCUAGAAGAAAUGAGCUCUCCCGUCUCACUUGACAAUGACGAGUUGCUCGUGAAGAUGGCAACUACUUCGUUAAACUCGAAGGUAUUCGUAAUAACUGAACUUUCGAUUGGGUUUAUUUCGUAUUUUCAGGUCGUUUCUCAGCAUUCCUGGCUUUUAGCUCCUAUGGCCGUGAACUCUGUCAAGAAAAUCAUCGAUCCCGCCACGGACACAAAUGUUAAUCUUAAGAUGAUCAAGAUCGUCAAGAAGAUGGGAGACACGGUCGAGGUUCCUGGCUUCUGUGAUUAAUUCAUUCUGAUAGUUGCUUAGGAGUCAGAACUUAUCGAUGGAGCUCUUAUCGACCAGAAGUCGAUGGGCCGCGGCGGUCCAGUUCGCGUAGAGAAAGCCAAGAUUGGCCUUAUCCAAUUCCAGUUGAGCCCUCCCAAAACCGACGUCAGUGUUUCAAAACUUUUUUUAACGGAGAAAGGGGCUGAAUUCUUUCAAAAAUUUUUUUAAAGAUGGAAAAUCAAGUCAUUAUCUCCGACUACGCUCAAAUGGACCGCGCCUUGAAGGAAGAACGACAAUAUUUGUUGGAUUUAUGCAAGCAAAUCAAGAAAGCAGGAUGCAAUGUUUUGCUCAUUCAAAAAAGCAUUCUGAGGUUACACUUGUGAUAUUUCGCAUAUUUUAUCAAUUUUUUUUUAUUUCAGAGACGCUGUAAACGAGCUUUCUUUGCACUUUUUGGCAAAGAUGAAGAUUAUGGUCGUUAAGGACAUUGAGCGAGAAGAUAUUGAGUUUUACUCACGGGUUGGAUCUCUUUCCAUUUUCCGAUCAUAAAUCAAAACUUUUUAAAGCUUCUUGGAUGCCGUCCCAUCGCCUCUGUUGAUCAUUUCGUCGCAGAAUCACUUGGAUCUGCUGAUCUCGUUGAAGAAAUCUCGACCGGAGGUGACGGAAAAGUUAUCAAGGUGGCUCUUUGAUUUGUUUUGAGAAGUAAUGUAAACCUCGAUAAUUUUUCAAAGAUUGCUUGAGGUUUUCUCACAUUUUCAAGGCAAUAAAAGAAAAAACGAAAAAUCAUAUCUAGGUGACUGGUGUGCAAAAUCCUGGCCACGCAGUUUCCAUUCUUCUCCGCGGCUCCAAUAAGUUGGUUCUCGAGGAGGCUGAUCGCUCUUUGCAUGAUGCUCUAUGUGUGAUUCGCUGUCUCGUCAAGAAGAAGGCUCUUCUACCAGGUUCAUUCUUCAUCUCACUUUCUUGUUACUCUUAGGUUUUUCAGGUGGUGGAGCUCCUGAAAUGGAAGUCGCCGUCAAACUGCGUCAGUUGGCUCAAGCUCAGCACGGCGCUCAACAAUAUUGCUGGAGGGCCUUCGCAGAUGCUCUUGAACUUGUGAGCUAAUCAGCUUUCUUGUUCUCCAUAUCUUUCAAUUACAGCAAGAUUAUUAUUGCUUUUCAAUCUGGAAAGUUCAGGAAAUUUUGUUUCAAUCCAUAUUUUUUUAACAAAAAUUAUAGCUGUGAAAUAUUCUUUCUUACAAGGGAGGUUGGGAAUUUCCUGAAAAGUGGCCAGAAAAAUUCUUAUUGUACCAUAUGAAUAUCCGGAAAGUCGACCUGCAUAACUUCCAAGUUUUCGAUAAGGAAGUUCAGUCGAUGAAACUUUUCACAUAACGUUAUAGGAGAGUGAGAAAGUAUUAGCAUCGUCUUGUUAGAGUUACUUUUUUCUUAGGUUCCAUACACGUUGGCUGAGAACGCCGGUUUGUCUCCGAUCCACACGGUGACAGAACUUCGCGCCCAACAUGCCAACGGCAACUCUGACUAUGGAGUUAACGUCAGAAAGGUCGGAUUUGACAUAAAACCUUCUUUUGUAACAAUCCUUUUAGGGCUACGUGACGGACAUGCGGGAGGAAAACGUUGUUCAACCAUUGCUGGUCACCCUGUCCGCCAUCAAACAGGCCGCCGAAUGUGUUCGCUCCAUCCUGAAGAUUGACGACAUUGUAAGUUUUUCUUUUGUUCUUCUUAACCGGAUGUUAAGUUUGAAUUUCCAGUAAUCAUAGAAAGAAUAAAAAUUGAGUGUUGUAUUCGCUCCUUUUUUAAUAUCUUACCUUUACUAUUACUUUUUUUUAAAAAUUAUAUCAUAAGUUUGCCAGAAAGGCUCAGAAGCUCUUUAUUUUCUAUUUGAAACUCUAAAUGGAUAAAUAACUUCAUUUUCCAGGUGAUGGCUGUUCGCUAA